AACAUAUUAAUUUCACAUACAAUAACGAAUUAGACUAUAAGCAUCACUCAACUGUAUCACAUUCUUACACGUCUGUUGAAGAACCUUCAAGUCUGACACAUGACAACAUUCUUUUACAACUGACCUCCGUUCGCCAAUACUGGUACAACGGAAGCGUCCGCUCCCCUUUUUAAAAGUACUUGCGUGAAGCGAGAACUGACCUGGCCAGUAUCCCGUAGUCAAGCCGUCUUUUUUUUUUUUCUUCGUAGCUGUCAAAUACCCACGUGACAACAACCUAAGAGCAGGAUGAUUUUUUUUGUGAAUCCGAUUUAUGUGUUAUAACGGGUUAAUAGAAGGUGCUUCCUAAGAUGGACAGUGGGGCUAAUGUCACCAGAUGUACACUCUUUCAUACACAUUCGGAGGAUUACAGAUGUGUCACCAUCAUCACAGUAAAGAGAGCUGCAGCUACUUUCUCAGUGAUUGGCUGCAUUUUUAUGCUUUUUGUGAUAUGGAUUUUCCACAAAUACAGCUCUUUGGCACAGAAAAUGAUUUUCUGCCUCACUGUGGCUGCUCUAUUUGAUGGAAUGGCUUAUUUGAUGGGUGAAGUUCUUCCAGAUGGUAUUCUUUGCAAUUUUCAGGCUUGGUGGCUCACAUACUUUGACUGGUGCUCUCUGGCAUGGGUGUGCUGCAUUACACUGAACCUCUACAUUAACUUGGUGAAAGAAAUGAGGACUGAACGCUUUGAGAUAGCAUACCACAUCACAGCCUGGGGAGUUCCGUUUUGUCUUUCCUGUCUCCCUCUCUUUGGCGAUUACUAUGGUCCAGCUGGUGCAUGGUGCUGGAUUUCCAAUGAACACAUGGCCUGGAGAUUUGGAAUAUGGUACAUACCACUGUUCAUUCUCAUUUUCCUUAUGAUGCUGUGCUACUCUCGGAUUAUAUAUAUGGCUAAGAAAAGGGCUUCAACGUGGUCGGGAACAUAUAACCCUAACAGAGAAGGAAGCAAGAUACUGUUGGUUGAAGAAGUUAAACAUUUGAAGUGGUAUCCAUGUGUAUAUCUAGCUGUUUCUCUUUUUCCUCUUUUAAACAGGAUUUACAAUGCUUUUUCUCCAGAUAAUUCCAACUUCACUUUAAUGCUCCUACAUGUUAUCACUGCUCCAUUGCAUGGACUCGCUAAUGCCUUUGUCUUUAGUUUGGACAACGAAACAUGGAACCAGCUUAGUCCCACUGCACUGCAGCUAGCUAUUCAAGCAAGGUUCUGUGACACAACAACAAUAAAAGAGUACGACUCGAAGCAUGUGAGAUACACAGCUCAGCUGGAGGGAGAGGACUCUGACUCAUGUGAGGACACCACUGUCUUAUUUUACUCACCUAAUAUGACCCUCAAAGAAAGGGGAUUGUGACAUUGCAGCCUGCAUGAUAAAGCUACGGCAGCUUUGCUUAACAUGAAGACAGAGGAAUGCCUCAGAGAUGCAGUGACACACGCAUUCAUUAAACAAAAUGAGGGAGCUGUCAACCUUCAUUACUGAUUCCAAGCUGUUAAUAUUUAAUGUCAUAAAACUACAGUGCCCUGCACUGUGCUCCACAGUCAUCCGAUAUGUAGACUGCUGCACUCAACAGAAUUCAGUGAUCAAAAAAAAAAAAAAAAACUGUAUCCCAUUUAUGUCAUCAUGUGCUCAGAAUUUUACAAACAUUACAGCUGGCCGAUUGUCUCAGGGACUUCCGGAAUUCUGUUUUCAUUUUUGUCAUGACUGUCGCCCAGAAAUGUACAGCUGAGAACUGAAUCUUCAGUAAGCAUGUUGAUGUUUUGGUUGAAGCAUGAGAGAUUGGAGCUUUCAGUAUUUUCACUUCUAGGGCAGUGAUUAAAAAUCUGUGCCUGACAAAGCUAAGACAGAAACACACAUGCACGCACACGCACACGCACACACACACACACACACACACACACACACAUGCACAGAGUUGCGCUUCAGUUACAUAAUGUGUUAUUAGUUCCUUUGUGAUGAAAUGUGUAGCAAAGAAACAUUAGCAACCUAAUUUUUGUCUAAGAAUGAAGGCAAAAAAAAAGACUGAAAUGUAUAAAUGUAUUUGUCCAGUGAUCCUGUUGUGUUGCCAGCAAGAUGGAUUAGACUAGCCAUGUUUUUUACCUGCUCCGCAGCCUGUGUGCCACUUUAACUACUGCUCUGUGCUGUACAGUCUAACUCUCAACUGUCCAUUAUUUUCCAUCAUAUUUUUUGCCAUGUUCAUCAUAACAUUUUUUUUUUAUUUUUUGAUAAAUCACUGAGUAUUAAAGUCAAUAGUUAUUGCUAAUCAUGAGUUCCAUACUUAUUUUUCAUAAAAUGCACUUUAAUGCAAAAUCUUUUCUCCUCUAAAGUUAAGUAAAAUAGAGUAUUUUUUAAAGAUUUUCCCUGAUUUGAGGCCUUUGUCCCUCAUUAUUUUUGACUUUGUUCCUGAUUGUUGAGAUGUUAAGAGCUAAUGUAUUCAUUGUAGUCAUGUUAGUGUGUUAAUCUUGCUUUCAUUUGUUGUGAUUGCUAUUUUAAGACUGCUGAUAUUGGAGUUAUAUUUUGCUGUUUUGGUUGUUGUUUAGUAAUAUAUUUUCUGGGUCAUUAAACAGUCAUCUAGUUGGUACAAUAUCAGCACCACAGAAUUCCAGCUUUUCUUUAUUGUUGAGAUUGUGACCUUGAUGUGGAGAAUGUGGUAACUUACAGGGAGAUUCAGAAAAUUUAGUAUGUUUCUAUAUACUGUAGUUGGGCCGGUUUCAGCUUAGUAGAAGUUAUGAUACAUGUCUGUUGUGUAGUGGUUUACUGAGUCUGGAUAGUGCUUUAUCCAAUCUGUAGUAGAUUAAAUUUGUAUAUAUGACCUAGUUGCAGUCAACAAAAAAAGUGAGAAACUGGUGGGAUUUUUUGCCAGUUUAAUACAAUGGGUAGUCCUCAUAACUCAUACUGGAACUGUUUGAUUGCUACAUUAACUGAAAGCAACUAAGAGAGUAAGUUGACUUAAUUGUUUUUGAAGUUAGAUGAUCAGAGAUAUAAUAAAACAUAAAUGUGCCAUAGGAGACUACAAUAACUCAUUUGUGACUUUCUUAUACAUGAUUUUCACUUAUAAAUUGCUUUAACUCUCACAAAUUAUUUGGUCUGCUUCCUUAUAAAGAUUCCAUGUCUAAAAAUGC